AUGUCCUUAACGGAUCCCGUACGAAAAAUAGCUCUAGUAACAGGUGCAAAUAAAGGACUUGGUUUUGAAAUAGCCCUAAAAUUAUCGCAAAAAAAUUUCAAGGUAAUUAUGGCCGAUAAAGAUAACCAAACACAGUCUAAAGAUAAGAUAAUUUGUCAGUCGAAUAACGAUGAUAUCCAUACGUAUAACUUAGAUUUAGCUUCUUUUGAAUCUGUUAAAAAUUUUGUCAAACAAUUUUCGUCGGAUUUAAAUAAAUUGGACGUUUUAAUAAACAACGCUGGUAUAUUUUGUAUGAAGAAGAAAAAAACUGUCGAUUGUUUAGAUGGCGUUAUGCAAGUUAAUCAUUUAAGCUCGUUUUUAUUAACUACCCUUUUGGAGGAUAAACUAAAAGCAUCUGGUAAUUCCAGGAUUGUAUUUAUUACAUCCAACGGUUCGAUGGCUCAUAGAAUGUCAGUAGAAAAAUUAAAAACCCCGGACUAUUUCACCCCACAUUUUAUUUCCGGCGCUAUACAUUAUUAUAACACCAAACUUUGUAAUAUGAUUUCAUCGAAAGGUUUUUCGGAAAAAUUGAAAGAUUUUAACAUUACUAGUAAUUGCGUUCACCCGGAUAUGAUGAACACGACGUUUCUAACCGCAAAUCACUGUGGCGAUACAGGAUUUUUUUCCAAAAUCGAAUAUUCUGUAGCUAAAUGUAUAGUUCAAAGUGUUACUAAGGACGUUAAGCAAUGUGUGGAUGGAGUUUGUUUUCUAGCUACUUCUAAUAGAAUCAAAAAUGUGACCGGGAAAUAUUUUUACAAUUAUCAAUUACACAGUGAACCUAAAAUUUUGGAAAAUGAACAGUUUUGUAAUGAUAUUUGGAAUGAAACUGAAAAACUAACAGGAUUAAAAUAA